GUGUGUGUGUGCGUGUGCGUGCGUGCGUGCGUGCGUGUAGCCGUUUGCUGUCCGCGGUGCUGAAAUCACGGCGCGCAAACAACAAUGUAACGGAGAUGAAAGAUACAUGCGGAAAUAUACAUCAUGGACGAUGAUCUGUUCCAGCUAAGACAGCUACCUGUGGUGAAGUUUCGGCGUACUGGCGAUAGCACAUAUUCAGAAUAUGAGUGUGGAACGAGGGAUCAGAUGGUACAGGUCGAAAGCAUAAACACUGAUACAGGAUCUGUGGCUCUGUCUGAUGGAGCUCCAGUACCACAAGAGUUUGCCAACCCUACUGAUGAUACCUUCAUGGUGGAAGAUGCUGUGGAGGCCAUCGGCUUUGGUCAAUUUCAAUGGAAGCUUUCUGUCCUCACAGGCCUUUCCUGGCAAUUACAAGCUGGUGCUGUUCUUGGUUAAGUUAGUGGUUGCAUGCUGUGCUGAUGGGGACAAACAAUUACAAGCAAAAAAGGAUACUAACCAGAUGGCAGAUGCCAUGGAGAUGAUGAUACUCAGUAUCUUGGCUCCUCAGCUACACUGUGAAUGGAGGCUCCCCAACUGGGAGGUGGCUCUGCUAACUUCGGUGGUGUUCAUUGGCAUGAUGAUCAGCUCUUCAUUAUGGGGGAACAUAUCUGACAAGUAUGGGAGAAAAACAGGUCUGAAGAUGAGUGUUCUGUGGACUCUAUUCUAUGGAAUCCUCAGUGCAUUUGCCCCUAUUUAUGGCUGGAUUUUGUUUCUCCGAGCUCUGGUUGGUUUCGGUAUUGGAGGAGCUCCUCAGUCUGUGACACUGUAUGCAGAGUUUCUGCCGAUGCGCUCCAGAGCAACCUGCAUUCUGCUCAUUGAGGUGUUCUGGGCUCUGGGCACAGUGUUUGAGGUGCUGCUGGCGAUUUUGGUCAUGCCGACAUUGGGAUGGCGUUGGCUACUUGCUCUGUCCACAAUCCCACUCUUCAUCUUUGCCAUCCUCUGCUUUUGGCUGCCUGAGAGUGCUCGCUAUGAUGUUCUGUCUGGAAACCAGGAGAAAGCUCUGAACACGCUCAAACGCAUCGCUAAAGAGAACAAAGUCCCCAUGCCACUGGGCAAACUCAUAGUGGCACGGCAGGAGGAAAGAGGGAAGCUUAAAGAUCUCUUCUUGCCUCAUUUCCGUUGGACUACAGUUCUUCUCUGGUUCAUUUGGUUCUCUAAUGCAUUCUCCUACUAUGGCCUUGUGCUGCUGACCACAGAGCUUUUCCAGGAGGGUGGUGCCUGUGGACGGAAUAACGGCAGUAAAACAGAGCCAAGCUGUAAUUUGGAGUGCAAGUACCUAAACACAGAUGAUUACAAAGACCUGCUGUGGACAACGCUUUCAGAAUUUCCAGGUCUUCUGGUGACUCUGUGGGCGAUCGAUAGGCUGGGGAGGAGAAAGACCAUGGCACUGUGUUUCUUUGUCUUUUCACUCUGCAUCGUGCCACUCUAUGCCUGUGUGGGCAGGACGUCUUUAACAGUGCUCAUCUUUAUUGCGAGGGCGUUUAUUGCUGGAGGUUUCCAGGCAGCUUACGUUUACACACCUGAGGUAUAUCCGACAGCGACUCGGGCUCUAGGUCUGGGCACAAGUAGUGGCAUGGCCCGUGUUGGGGCUCUCAUCACACCCUUCGUGGCUCAGGUCAUGUUGGAGUGGUCAGUGUAUCUGACUCUGUCAGUAUACUGUUGCUGCUGCCUCCUUGCCGCUGUGGCCUCGUGUGCUUUACCCAUCGAGACGACUGGCCGAGGCCUCCAGGAGUCCAGCCACAGAGAGUGGGGUCAGGAAAUGAAGGGCAGAGACUCCAUCCCUCGGUCUAACUCCUCAUCCACCUCCCAAACGAUGAAAGACGAGGACAGAGGGUAGGACAGAAUGAGGGAAUAAAAGUGAGCUGCUGGAAAAAAAGGACAGAUGAAGAAAAUGGUUGAUAGACAAAGGGUCAGUAAAAAGACUGAGAAAGGAAAUGAUAACAGGAAAAGUAUAUUAAAAAAAUGGGGCAGAGAGACUGAUAGAGGUGGCAAAAGAGAAGUUUUUUGUUUUUUUGAAAAAGUAAAUGGGUUAAGCAUCAAAGUCUGAAUUAUGAAUCAUAUGAUUCAUGUAGUCACAUAAGACUACUUGUUUCAGCGAGUCAGUGAUUCAGUGGCAAAAAUGCUUUUUGGAUUUUAUAUUAUCAUAUAGUGGAUGUGUGAGUAUCCCAGUUACUGAAAGCAGACACACUCACAUCAGCUGCCUGAUGACUGUAAUCACACUAAUCCACCUUUGUUAAUUAUCUCAGAUGCUCUACUGUUCACUGUGGAUAGGUUCACCAUUCAGUGUCUACUUCAUGCAGAUAUUAAUAAAAAAUGUUGGCCAUUAGGAUUAGCAUGAUGCUCAUGAGGUUGUGCAAACAGACCUCUGCAACUUUUCUUUGCUGACCUUUUUAGCCUUUUUCAUUUUAAAGAGUUAAAUAUCUCUUAUGGGAGAAUAAACCAAGAAUUAAAGCAAAAAUGAGAUUUAGACCAUUUUACACUUCCAAAAUGUUUGGCAAUUAGCAAUGUUUGGUGUCUGUAUAUUGCUUCUAAUUUUUUGCACUAGAUUUAUGUGGUUAAUGCAGAAGGAAUAGAAGCUUCUAGCAUUUAGCACUGUGCAAAAACAUUUUAAACUGCUUUUUCAGUCAUGUAGCCGUAAUGUAGCCUGUUAAUAUAAAGUAAAUAAAGUAAUCAGUGCCAAACAAUACAUCUGUGUAUCAAAUUAUGCUAUUAAAGGAUGUACCAAUAAUCAACA